UGACGUCCCCAUUCUCACGUACCCCGUUCCCCAUUCCUCCUACUGAUGUGAUUGCGACCAGAGCUCAAGCCAUUGAGUCCACCCGCUCUCAUCCCACCCUUUUUCCCCAGAUACCACAAAACAAUGUCAGCCCUACGGAUAUUGGUGCCCGUCAAGCGGGUUAUUGACUAUGCGGUCAAGCCGCGAGUCAACAAGGCCCAGACGGGCGUCGAGACGGCCGGUGUCAAGCACAGCAUGAACCCCUUCGACGAGCUAUCGGUCGAAGAGAGCGUGCGCAUCCGCGAGGGGAAGAAGACCCCCGUCGAGGACAUUUGCGUCAUCAGCGCCGGGCCGACCAAGGCCCAGGACAUCCUGCGCACCGCCAUGGCCAUGGGCGCCGACCGGGCCAUCCACGUCGAGACCAAGGAGGGCGAGGACCUCGAGCCGUUGGGCGUCGCCAAGCUGCUCAAGGCCGCCACCGAACAGAACAAGAGCAACCUGGUGAUCCUGGGCAAGCAGAGCAUCGACGACGACGCCGGCCAGACGGGCCAGAUGCUGGCCGGUCUGCUGGGCUGGGCGCAGGCCACCCAGGCGAGCAAGAUCGAGUUCACCGGCGGCGAUUCCGUGCAGGUGACGAGGGAGGUGGAUGGCGGUGUCGAGACGCUCAAGGCCAAGCUGCCCAUGGUUAUCACGACCGACUUACGCCUCAACGAGCCCCGGUACGCGAGCUUGCCCAAUAUCAUGAAGGCCAAGAAGAAGCCGCUCGAGAAGAAGACGCUGGCGGAUUACGGUAUUACGGCCGAGAAGAGGCUCAAGACUAUCAAGGUCACCGAGCCUCCCCCGAGACAGGGUGGUGGCAAAGUGGAGGACGUGGAUGGCUUGGUCUCGAAGCUCAAGGAGCUUGGUGCUCUUUAAACCGGUCAUACACCAACCAGUCACUGAGUUCCAGGAUCUUGUGUCGAAGACAUUUGUUUUUGGAAUAGAAAGAUUGAAAUUCACGUCCCUACAGCUGUGUUGCGGAUAACGCAACCGGACAUGCUCUUCUGAUAGCCGGUAAGGGCGUCACAACGUCUCAUGGGGACCGUGACGGCCCGGGGCCUGGAGCUUCAGCUUAUUCAUGCAUGCUUCUACGACAAGCUGGCCGGUUGAGAUGAAAGAGGCUUGAGCCGGCCACAUUGGCACCAACUACGUCGCAAGAUGUGUCGCGUCAAGCGCAACAGUACGAAGAGCUAUGUUUUGUGUCUUGUCCUGUCUUGCGGUUUUCAAUGAUGGAAAACCUCGCCAGGUGUUCUGGUGGUCUCUGUUUUAAUAUUGCGUGUUCGGCCGAGUAAGCUGAAUUCGUCUGAAGUGGUAAUGCCCAACAUCCAGAUGCUACG